GACAAAGGGCCCCUUCUGGGCCGGGAGGGCUCUAAUCCCCCUGGGGGGGAGCUCAGCCCCCCACCUCCGGGCAGUGCCCCCGCCCAGGGCUGGGAAGGGGACCUGGGGGUUCCAUGUGCCUUGGGAGGGGGUCACCCUCCCUCCCGGCUCUGGUCAGGGCUCUUCCGCGGUGAGGGUCCCCCAACAAGGCAAGGGGUGUCCCAGUACCCCCAUGCACCCAAUUCCCCCCGCCCCAGCUGCACCCAGCGGGGGGGUAAGGGGGGGUUCAGCCCACUGUGACCUUUGCCCCAGCGCAGGGGGAGGAGCGGCCACGGCCCCCCCAGCUCAGACGGCUGCUGCUGCCGCAGCCGGAGCAGUGCCUGGAGCCCUCUGCCCCGCCAAAGGCCCCCGCCAUGUGGCUGUACCUCUUGCUGGUGGUGCUGGCCUGGGCGCUGGGCUGGCUGGUGCGGGACCGCCGGACCCUGCCCUCCGUCAAAGACAAGCACGUCUUCAUCACCGGCUGCGACAGCGGCUUCGGCAACCUACUGGCGCGGCGGCUGGCCCGCCAGGGCUACCGGGUGCUGGCCGCUUGCCUGACCCAGAAAGGGGCCGACAGCCUCCAGCGGAGCUGCCCCGGCCACCUCCGCACCACCCUGCUCGACGUCACCCGCUCCGACAGCAUCCGCCGGGCCGUCGAGUGGGUGCGGGCAGAGGUGGGCGAGAAGGGUCUCUUUGGGCUGGUGAACAACGCGGGGGUGGCCAACCCCAUCGGCCCCACGGAGUGGAUGGCGAUGGAGGACUAUCGCCAGAUCAUGGCCGUCAACACCUUCGGGGUCAUCGAGGUGACGCUCCAGUUCCUGCCCCUGCUGAAGCGGGCGCGGGGCCGGGUGGUGAACACCUCCAGCGUGCUGGGCCGCCUCUCCGCCAACGGCGGCGGCUACUGCAUCUCCAAGUACUGCAUCGAGGCCUUCUCCGACAGCCUGCGGCGCGACAUGUACCACUUCGGGGUGAAGGUCAGCAUCGUGGAGCCCGGCUUCUUCAAGACGGCCGUGACCAACCUGGAGAGCAUCGAGGCGUCCCUGCGCCAGCUCUGGGACCGCCUGGCGCCCGAGACGCGGCUCAGCUACGGCGAGGAUUUCUUCCACAAGUACCUCAAGGUGCAGCGGCUCAUCAUGAACGCCAUCUGCGACACGGACCUCAGCAAGGUGACGCGCUGCAUGGAGCACGCGCUGGGCGCCCGGCACCCGCGCACCCGCUACAGCGCCGGCUGGGACGCCAAGCUGCUCUGGCUGCCCGCCUCCUACCUGCCCGCCUGCCUCGUCGACUUCGUCCUGGCCACCAUCCUGCCCAAGCCGGCCCACCGCGUCCGCUAGUCCCCUGCCGCGGCCGCCAGACCACCCCCCAAGAGCUGCGAGACCCCCCCACCCCGCCCAAGAGCUGCAAAUAAACCGCCCGCCCCGGGUGCUGUGCAAACCCCCGCCUGCGGUGCUCGACCCUGCGGCGGCACCGGGGCUGGAUGGGGUCCCCGCGUGGCUCGGGGACCGCUGGUGGCUUUACUGAGGCACACGGAGAC